AUGCACAUAAACCAGGACCUCUCCAACUGCGGCCCCUCCGUCGUACACCGACUUGAACCCCGCACCAAGCCAAAACAUCUCUACUUUGCCUACGGCUCCAACCUCUCCCCCACCCAGAUGAAACAGCGCUGCACAGUGAACCCCACCCUCUCCUCCAGGCCCCUUGCGAUAGCCUUCCUCCCCCACUGGCGCUGGCUAAUCUGCCAAGCGGGCUACGCCAAUGUGCUCCCGCCGGAGGGGCUCCGGGUGGGACCACAGAAUGGACGCGAUGCGCGCACGGUGCCUGUGUCAGGGUCUGCGGAUGGGGUGUAUGGGGUGUUGUAUGAGAUGGAUGGAGGCGAUGAGAGGAUCCUGGACGGGUAUGAGGGUGUUGAUCAUGGAUCCGCGGUGUCUGAGGGGGAUGCGGUGAGUACUGCCAUCCGGCCGAGGGAGCAGGGAGUUGGGCAUUAUAAUAAGUGGUAUGUUACUGCGAGGGUGGUGGAGUGGAUUGGCGGAGAGGAGCACGGGGUUAGGGUUCAGGCUGGGGCGGAGGUUCCCGUGCUGGUUUAUGUGGAUGAGGAGCGGGUGAGGCCGAGUCCACCUAAGACGGAGUACAUUGCGCGGAUGAACCGGGCGAUGAGGGAAUCGGAGGUGUUAGGGCUUAAUGGGUCCUGGCUGGAGGAAGUGUUGAGGCCAUUUAUUCCAAGAGAUAAAUAG